AUGGGCUCUCAAGAUAUUGCCGACGGCAAUGACGUAUACUUUUCAGGAUUACAAAACAUGUGGGACCGUAUUUGGGAGUUUCCUGGAGGUUUAGAUAAGUGCUCAUCCGAAUCAGAUCUUGUUAUCCUAGGAAUGCAUUAUAAAGUAAACGACGAAAAUCAAGAGGAUGAAAAAAGUGAGGAGCAAAGUGGUAUAUCAAAAUGUGCUGGUAGAGCUACCUAUGAAAAGAUAGAAAAUUCUGAAAACUCCGAAGAUCAGUUGAUUAAUGUCAACUAUGAUAAGAUUUUAGAUGAUAAGAAUACAGGUGACGAGCCAGAAAAGUUUGACAACAAUGCCAUUGACAACAUAAAAAUGUUUAUGAAAAAAAUAUCAGACACCACAUACCAGAAGUUCCAUUCUGAAUUGAAUUAUACCUAUCCUCAGAAUGCCUUAGAUGAUCUUCAAACUAGGUUAUGGUUUACGUACCGAUAUGGGUUUCCAUUAAUAAAAUAUGAUGAAAAUGGGUCGCCUCCGAUACACCUUGGCGCAAUUUUGAGAGGGAACAUGGAUAUACAAAAUUUCGGGAAAGGAUUCACAUCAGACUCGGGUUGGGGUUGUAUGAUCCGAACUAGUCAAACUCUUUUGGCAAAUGCUUUAGUGAGUUUAAAGUUAGGAAGAAAUUGGAGAUUACAAGGUUCAGCACCUGAAGACAUGAAGGUCCAUUGGGAAAUUGUCGAGCAAUUUGCUGACUCCCCUGAUGCAAGAUUCUCCAUCCACAAUAUGGUUUUAUACGCCGCCAAGUAUUGUGGACGAAGGCCAGGGGAGUGGUUUGGUCCUUCAAACGCCGCCAGAAGUAUAGAAAUGCUUUGCAACGAGUCACAAGUCGACACUAAUCUAAAAGUGUAUAUAUCCUCUGAUUCAGGAGAUAUAUACGAAGAAGAUUUGUUGAAUUCAUGUUAUGAGAAAAAUAUAGACAAGUUUACCCCUGUACUUAUUCUUUGUGGUGUGAGAUUAGGAGUUCAUAAUAUUAACAAGAUUUAUUGGGAAUUCUUGAAGUUAACACUUGAUUUACCCUAUAGCGUUGGUAUUGCUGGUGGCAGGCCUUCGUCUUCACAUUACUUUUUGGGAUGCCAAGCAGACUACCUGUUAUAUUUGGACCCGCAUAUACCCCAGCAAGCGAUACUCUUGAAUGAUCUAAAAAAAGCAGGUAGCAGUGACUAUAAAUCAAAAAUGCUUGGAACUCUGCAUACCACCAAAAUCAAACUACUAAGUCUUGGAAAGGUAGAUCCAUCAAUGCUUAUAGGAUUUUUAGUCAAAACACGAGAAGAGUAUAAUGAUUUACGGCAAAAAAUAAACUUGUUUCCUUCCAAUCGAAGGUUUCUCAAUUUCUCUAACUCUAAACCAGUAAUAAGAAGAACUAGUUCAGUGGAAGAUGAUAUUGAUGGUUUUGUUGAUUUGACGAUGGAAUCUGGGGAUGAGUUUUUAGAACAUGGAGAAAUAAUUGAUGAUAUUGACAAUAAAAUCAAAGAUAUGGCAGAAGACAAGCAUCAAGAACUUGCUGAGUACGAAAAAUUGGAACAUGCUGAAAUAAAAGACGAACCUAUUGUUGAAAUAGAGAAGAUCGAUACUCCGGUGAAGCUACAAUCAGAGCGGAGUGGCAAGUAUAAUAAUGAAAUAUUUGCCAGUGAUGGUAUCAUUGAAGUUGAGGACAUCAAUAACGAGAGUAUUGUAUUUGUUUCUGAGUGUGGAAAAAUUCUGACUGAUACAUCAUCUGUACGUUAG